AUGGCCGCCCUUAGACGACCCCUGACGGACGCGUGGAGCCCGGGGCACGAACCGAACCCGACCGACACGAAGGUGAGUCCAUCCGCCUGCCCGGCCACUUAUUCACUUGCUCGUUCGCUCGCGCAUCUGUUUGUCCACAUUCUCGUUCGCCCGGCGGCUCGAGGGUACGUGUUUGAGUAAUGCGCUACAAGCAUUGCUUGAAGAGCUCGAUCCCGACAUGGAUGUUGACGACGAUGACGACUGUGAUGACGAUGCCGACGGGGAACCCGACGCGCCUGAUGCGCACGCGUGGCGCCCCAUUCAAGGAAGACCUCGUGCCGAGCCAGCCGGAGACGAAGAGGCCGGAGAUGAAGAUGUGGAGGACGAAGCAGGGCGCGAUGAGGAUGCCGUGAAUGGUCCGCGUGUCGAUGUGUUUGUGGUGCUUGCGCGCCGUCCAGAUGGACAACGACCUUAUGAGGUUAUACACCUCGAUACCAUACUCCGAGCUGGACACCUUCCGCCUGUCUAUGGCGACCAGUUCAUCCCAGCGCGACUUGAAGUCCGAGGAUACACUGGAUGCCUUCUGUGCUUUCUAUGUCAAUAAAUUCGUAGACUAUCAUGCACACCAGCAUGUCUUCUGAUGUAGAUAUUAUAUGACAUUAUUUGACCAUUG